CCUCGGCUCCGGCGUCACAUGACUCGCUCUCAGGCAACAUGGCGGCCGCCGUGGUGCAGCGCCGAGGCUGAGCGACAGCGAGUAAGCGGGCUCCUGCCUGGGUGGGAUCGUCAGUGCGACCGGAGCGCGGGCGGGCGCGGCCCCCCGGGACCAUGGCCGGGUCCGAUACCACGCCCUUCCUCAGCCAGGCGGAUGACCCGGGCGACGGGCCGGUGCCCGGCAUCCCGGGGGUGCCAGGGACCAUGGGGAACCCGAAGUCCGGGGAGCCUGAGGUCCCGGACCAGGAGGGGCUGCAGCGCAUCACGGGCUUGUCUGCGGGCCAUUCGGCACUCAUAGUGGCCGUGCUGUGCUACAUCAACCUCCUGAACUACAUGGACCGCUUCACGGUGGCCGGCGUUCUUCCCGACAUCGAGCAGUUCUUCAACAUCGGAGACAGCAGCUCAGGACUCAUCCAGACAGUGUUCAUCUCCAGUUACAUGGUGUUGGCACCUGUGUUUGGCUACCUGGGUGACAGGUACAAUCGGAAGUAUCUCAUGUGUGGGGGCAUUGCCUUCUGGUCCUUGGUGACACUGGGAUCAUCCUUCAUCCCCAGAGAGCGUUUCUGGCUGCUCCUCCUGACCCGAGGCCUGGUAGGGGUCGGGGAGGCCAGUUACUCCACCAUCGCACCCACUCUCAUUGCUGACCUCUUCGUGGCAGACCAGCGCAGUCGGAUGCUCAGUGUGUUCUACUUUGCCAUUCCAGUGGGCAGUGGUCUGGGUUACAUUGCAGGCUCCAAAGUGAAGGACAUGGCAGGGGACUGGCACUGGGCUUUGAGGGUGACACCAGGUCUAGGCGUGGUGGCUGUUCUGCUGCUGUUCCUGGUAGUACAGGAGCCACCGAGGGGAGCUGUGGAGCGUCAGUCAGAUUCGCCACCCCUGAACCCCACCUCGUGGUGGGCAGAUCUGAAGGCUCUGGCAAGAAAUCCUAGUUUCAUCCUGUCUUCCCUUGGCUUCACUGCUGUGGCUUUUGUCACGGGCUCCCUGGCUCUGUGGGCUCCUGCAUUCCUGCUGCGCUCCCGUGUGGUCCUGGGGGAGACCCCACCCUGCCUUCCUGGAGACUCAUGCUCUUCCUCUGACAGUCUAAUCUUCGGGCUCAUCACCUGCCUGACGGGGGUCCUGGGUGUGGGACUGGGUGUGGAGAUCAGCCGCCGCCUCCGCCGCUCCAACCCCCGGGCUGACCCACUGGUCUGUGCUGCUGGCCUCCUGGGCUCUGCACCCUUUCUCUUCCUGGCCCUUGCCUGCGCCCAUGGUAGCAUCGUGGCCACCUAUAUUUUCAUCUUUAUUGGAGAGACACUGCUGUCCAUGAACUGGGCCAUUGUGGCUGACAUUCUGCUGUACGUGGUGAUCCCCACUCGACGUUCCACUGCUGAGGCCUUCCAGAUCGUGCUGUCCCACCUACUGGGCGACGCUGGGAGCCCCUACCUCAUUGGCCUGAUCUCUGACCGCCUCCGCCGGAGCUGGCCCCCGUCCUUCUUGUCCGAGUUCCGGGCCUUGCAGUUCUCGCUCAUGCUCUGCGCCUUCGUCGGGGCACUGGGCGGGGCAGCCUUCCUGGGCACCGCCAUCUUCAUUGAGGGCGAUCGCCGGCGAGCCCAGCUGCACGUGCAGGGUCUAUUGCAUGAGGCAGAGCCCACAGAUGACCGCAUUGUGGUGCCCCAGCAGGGCCGCUCCACCCGGGUCCCCGUAUCCAGUGUGCUCAUCUGAGGGGCAGUCGCUCGCCUGUUUGCACGUCUACUGCAGCUGGCCCUGGUCCCAGCCCAUGGGGUGCCCGGGCCUAACCCUUGGCCUGGCCCAGCUUCCAGGAGGGACCCUGGGCCAUGUUCCAGCUCCCAGACACUACAUGGGCACCCCAGGGGAGGAGGUGGGGUCCGGGAGGGGGAUCCCCCUCCACUGGGGCAGCCCUUGGGGCUCGGUGCUAUUUGUAACAAUAAAAUUUGUAGCCAGACA